AUGUCAAAAGUUCAAUCUUCCCCCAUCAAACCUCCCCAAAUCAUUCCAUUCCUUCGUGCACUUCUGGACGACGACUCAAAGAAGAAUAUCAUCUGCUGGACCAACAAGAGUAAAUUGGAAUUCCUGCUAUCAAAUCCACACAAAGUUGCCGAGCUCUGGGGACUCACCAAACCUGGACGAAAAACCAAAGUCAUGACUUAUAACAAUAUGUCCAGAUCACUGAGAAAAAGUUGCAAGAAGCAUUUAUUGGAGAAAAUUUAUGGUAGAUUUUAUGAAUAUCGAUUUGUGGACCCAGAUGCCCCAGUUGAAACUACCAAACGAUCUUUGCUUUUUGGAAUCGAUCGUAUUUUGUGUAGUGAAAAUAGAACACUGAAAUCCUCCAACCAAAUUCAAAUGCUCCCUUUUCUUCACGGUCUUCUAGGUGACCCAUCUAAUAAGGACAUCAUCUGCUGGACCAACAAAACCAAUCAGGAGUUUCGAAUCAGGAAUACCAAAAAAAUCGGCAAACUUUGGGGACUCACAAAGCCAGCAGGGGCAGUUAUGGGUUAUGAAAGUGUGUACCACUCGCUGAGAAGGCACUGUAAGAAUGGAAUGUUGGAAAAGAUGGAAUUUCGAAAUUUAGAAUAUCGAUUUUUGAAUUCUUCGUCGUCAGAUGAGUUCAAGAAGCCAAUUCUUUUCAGUGUUGAACGCAUUCUGUCUAGUGAUUUUGGAAGAUCGAUUUGA